AUGUCAAGCGAUGAACAAGUGUUUUUAACAACACCAAAAAGCGAGCCUUAUUUCGUUCUUGAAGGUCAAACAGAUUUAAUCUUAGAAUGUAGUUUCUCACCGAAAUACUCGAAUCGGUCUCGAUAUGAAGUUGCAUGGACAAUGGUCACCCAAGAUUUACCCAAGCAUUUGACGAGAAAUGAUGCUUCGUUCGUUAAAUCUAAAUAUGAGUUGUUACAAAACGAUAGAAAAUACAAUUUGCAAAUAAAAAGAGUACAGUAUCAAUAUGAUAAUGGCAAAUUCUAUUGUACGCUUCUGGAUAAAGAAAAUGGAGCACAGAAAAUAGCUCAAGCAACAGUUGUCGUUAUGGGUUAA